GCGCUUCCUGAUAGCUGAAACCCGUAAUGAAUACGUGAAUCAUGCCUCGCAAAAACGAGCUUUCGGAAGCUUUACGAUCGCAAAUUGUUGAUCUGCACAAAGCUGGAAAAGGUUAUAAAAUAAUCGCACGCACUUUGGAUAUUCAUCGCUCCACAGUUAGGAAAAUUGUGUAUAAAUGGAAGCGAUUCAGUACUGUGGCUACUCUGCCGAGAAGUGGGCGCCCUACAAAGUCGUCUGCAAAGACAAAGAUCAGCGAGGUUGGUCAUGGCCCUAGUGAGCCAAAAGACAGAGGAGAUUCACACACUAAAAAGUUAAAAAGCGAGAGAGACUCUACCGCUGUCCGCAGUGAUGCACAGAUUAUAUAUUCCUGCUCAUCUGAUACUGAAGCUACAGAUGAUGAUCCUGUGGCUGGACGUGCGUCUGCUGGACCAUCAAAUAAUAGAGGACGAGGUGUAGGCCUUAAAACGCAGCGAGGAAAGGCUACUGCUGUUUCAUCUAAUGACGAGACUACAGAACAAGACAGAGACUUUAACACCACCCACAAGGAUGUAGAGAUUAAACAUUCCUACUCAUCUGAUACUGAAGCAACAGAUGAAGAGAAUACGGCUGGACCGUCAGAUAUCAGAGGAGGAAGUUCAGACCAUAAAAUGGUUAUUAUGAAAGAUAACACCAUCUGUAGUGAUGGCAACACAGAUUCCUACUCAUCUGAUGAAGAUGAAGACCCUAUGGCCAGUCAUCUGUCAGCUGGAAUAGCAGAGAGCAGAGGAGGAAAUCCGGACCAUGAAAUGCACCAAGGAGCAACCAACUUUGCUUCAUCUGAUGAUGAAACUACAGAAGAAGAUCCAACAGAGCAGUUUUUCUGUGGAGAGAAGAAGAUAUAUGCUGGUUCCUCAGUCACAAUGGGAGCCCUCCUCCUGCUCCUCCUGGCGUUCAUUGUGAAGCACGGCUUGUCAAAAGCAGCAACCAGAGAUCUCCUGCACCUCCUAAACUUGGUGGUACCCGGAUGUGUUCCAAAGUCGCUUCGCUUUUUAAAAAAACAUUCGACAGAUUACAAUAGAAAGACAGAGAUUCACUUUUAUUGCCCCAGGUGUACAAACUACCUUGGUGUGGAUCCCGGUAAUGAGUGUAGUGUGUGCCAGCAGAGCUUGAACAGAAAAUAUCUGAUCUUGAAGGCUUACUACUUCCUUGUAAUGCCGCUAGAAAUUCAGCUAAGAAACCUCCUUGCACGCGUCCACUCCAAGCUUGGGAAGCAUUUCACGAGGGAUGAUUCCUUUUCUGAUGUCCACACUGGAAAUGAAUACAAGAGUGAAAGACAAGAUGGCAGUAUUACACUCACCUUCAACUGCGAUGGCUCGCCCGUCUUCAGCUCCUCAAAAUACUCCAUCUGGCCCAUCCUGUGUACCAUCAAUGAACUACCGUACGUGGAACGGUGCAAAAACGUUCUGUUGCACACUUUAUGGUUUGGCAAAGGAAAACCACAAGUUCAGAGUUUUUUGACUCCGUUCAUUAAUGAGCUUCAGAAACUGUCUACUGCAGGGUUCUGUUGGAGAGAUGAGAGCGGCUCGGAGCAUCACACCACGGUAACAGUUAAAAUAUGCACAUGUGAUGCGAUAGCAAGAGCAAUGGUGCAGAACUUUGAGCCGUUUAACAAAGAAUUUGGUUGUGGUUUUUGCUACCACAAAGGUGAGAUGGUUAUAAAGGGCAGGGCUUUUACCAGAGUUUACCCGAUACAGAUGGACGGCUGUGAUCUGAGACACAUGCCUGAAACAGUGCAACUUGCUGAGUUAGUGAUGGGAAAUAGUUAUGACCAGAGUCAAAUGGGGGUUAAAGGUCCAAGUCUCCUGUUUCUUUUGCCGUCAUUUGACAUUAUCAAAGGCUUUGUUCCAGAUUACAUGCACUGUUUUUGUCUGGGCGUUGUCCGUCAGUUUGUCAAUCUGUGGUUCGACCCGCUUUAUGCCAGCAAGGACUUCCAUUUGACAGAUGAGCAUUUAAACGAUCUGGACAGAGCCUUGUGUGAGAUCCAGCCACCAAAUGAAAUCAGCCAAAGUCCCAGGAGCCUCAGUGAGAGGAUGCAUUGGAAAGCUUGUGAGUGGAGAGCAUUUGCUCUCCUCUAUUCUCCUGUAAUACUGAGGAAUGUUUUACCAGCAGUGUACUACAAGCACUGGAUGCUUCUUCCUUGUGCCCUUCACGUCCUCCUCUCCCACUUUGCCACUCAGGAUGAGCUCAACUGUGCAGAGUUGUGUCUGGUUCAGUUUGUAGCACAGAUACCGUCUCUCUAUGGACUCGAGCAUUGUUCGUACGACUGCCAUUUGUUGACGCAUCUUACAGAAGGUGUCCGGAACUGGGGGCUUUUGUGGGCCAAUUCAGUGUUUGUUUUUCAAGACAUGAACAGCAGACUGUUGCAGAUGUACUCUGGUACGCAGUCAGUUUCAUUACAGAUUUUCAAGAAUUUCUUUUCAUAUGAGAAAAUAAUAAGACAAGGAAGUGCUACCCUUCAGGACGCCAGCACAGAAAUCAAAGACUUCUUCUGUUCCAUGACAAGUUGUGAUCGUUUUACAAAGUCAUUAAAUUACAUUGGAGAAGAUUUAGUGACUCUGGGAAGUGGCUCUCAGAGAGUUUUGACACCAAGAGAAAUUGCAGCAUUGCAGAAGAAUGAAACACUCUCGUGGUGCCAGCCACAUCAUGACAGUGUAACCGAAUAUAAGCGUUGUGUUUAUAAGAACAUACUGGUUACUAGUUUGGAGUGCAGUGGCACAUUAAAAAGAAACAAUUCAGUAAUAGAGACGAGCAGUUGCUUUGCCGUGGUGGAGUCCUUGGUCGUUGUACCGAAACCCCACAGCUGUGAAGGAAGCUCCGGCUGCUCCUGCAGAGAACUGGUCUUUUUCUGCAAGGAGCUGCAGCGACUAACCAGACAGCCAACUAUCCAGGACACACAGAUCAACACAAACAUCGCAAAAUUUCUUGUAAAAGUGAGGAACUCAAAUGAACUGUGUGCAAUAACGCAUCAGGACAUUGUUUCCAAAUGUUUCAUGAUUGAACACGUGGGUCAGUUAUAUGUCAUGAGAAUGCCUGUGUUUGUGACACAUUAAAAGUCUGUCAUUUAUGAUUUAUGUCAGACCUCUGUGGGCUUGAGUUGGAAAAUACAUGCUAAUUUUUAAACCAGCUCUUCUCACUAAACCUGGUUAAAUCCAUCCAUCCAUUUCCCAGUAGUCUAAACAGAAAUGCCCAGAUCACCCUGUCUUACCCACAUGUAUCUGGGAGACAGGAAGGCAAGCCAGCUGAGAGACAUAAUUUCUCCAGUGUUUCCUUGGUUUUUCUCAGGGCUUCCUCGCAGCUAGACAUGCCCAAAAUAUCUCACCUCUGAGGCAUCUAGGUAUCUUAGAACCCUGAACCACCUCAGCUGGCUCCUUUCAAUGUGGAUGAGUAGUAGCUCUACUCUAAGCCCCUUCCAAAUGACCAAGCUUCAUCGUCAUCUCCAAGGAAGAGCCCAGACAUCCUUCAGAAAAAGCUAACUUCUGCCACUUGUAUCUGUAAUCUCACUGUUUUACUUACUACCCAUAGCUUGUGGCUAUAGUGCAGGGACUGUAGAUCAAACUGGUAAUUGGCCAUUUUACCUAAAUGCUCAGGUCUGUCUUUGCCACAACAGACUGGUACAGCAUCUUCAUCACUGCAGAUGCCUCACCAAUCCAUCUAUCAAUCUCAUUCCUUCUCUCACUUGAACUACUCUAAUUGGGGCAGCAAUCCUUUGAAAUCUGGAGUGGGCACUGCAACAUUUUCUGACUUUGAACCACGGUCUUAAACUUAGUUGUAGGUGCUAAUUCUAUGAUGAAUCUACAAAACACAUGUAGUUGGGUUGGACAAACUGCCACAUAUACUUACCUAUUCUCGAGGGGAUAGGCUGGUCCACUGGUUCACCACCAUGACAAAAGCUGCUUUGUUAACCCUAAGUAAAGUUCAACCAAAGAAGAAGCUGUCACAUCCAGCACCCUGUUCAAAUUGGAAUGAACUUUCUCACCCCCCUUCUUAAUCUCUCAUCUAAUCUACCAUACAGGCCUCUGAAACUAACCAAGCUUAAUUAGAACUCUUUCAGUAUAAAGGCUCCAUUCACUUCUGAUGUCCACCAUUUGGUUUGGGUUUGCCAUCACAGCGGGUGUUCCUCAUCUAUAUUGUUGCAGGGAGCUGUGGCUGUAACAUCGUUGAUCGUGGUUAUAGGCACUUUGCAUUUAGCCUCACGCUCAAAUAUGGUAUUUGUUAUGGACAAUCUGUGGAUAGCACAGAAUUUAUAUA